UCACGGGCUCAAAUACUGGACAAAGCAACAGAAUAUAUACAGUAUAUGAGAAGGAAAAAUCACACACACCAGCAAGACAUCGAUGACCUAAAGAGACAAAACUCUCUGUUAGAACAACAAGUCCGUGCACUGGAGAAAGCGAAAUCCAAUUCUCGCCUUCAGUCGAACUACUCCUCAUCUGACAGCAGCCUUUACACCAAUCCCAAUGGCAGCACCAUAUCCGCCUUUGACGGAGGAUCCGACUCAAGCUCCGAGUCCGAACCCGAGGAACCCCAAAGCAGAAAGAAGCUACGGAUGGAAGCGAGUUAAGCAAACACAAGCAAUAAAACCAGCAGCCUGUACCAAGCUUAUCCACGUCAGGCCCUCCUUCGCCCGUAAAUAGGCCCUGGUCAACUCCUUUAAGGACUUCUGCCUAAUGUUUUUGUUUGUCCAACGCCGCCUUUCCUUUCCCCCCUUAUCAGUGAGUUAUCAGACAGCAUUUUUCUUUUCCCCUCUAUAUCCCCUCCCCUAUAUGUUAUUUAAACCUCCUUGACACGUCCAUGCUCGCCAUUAUACAGAUCUGCACUUGGCGCGUCGUCACUGACGCGUUAUUACCCGCAAUACUUGUCUGCAGUUUGACCUUCGUACGACAGGUAUCACAAGGUGAAGAAAGCAGGUUGG